CGGAUAGUGAUGAAUAUUCACCACACUUUUUAUAUCCUAUUUCAAAGGAAGGAUUUCUAAUAUAAAACAAACAUAAUGCUUUUUAUUUAUUCGGGUGUACAACUUCUCAUUUAUAUUAUUAAUUAUUUAACAUUUAUAGAUUAUUAUUUCCAAAUAUAAUAAUAGAAGCGAAAUGAAAUGAAAUGGAUUGGUUGGGUUGACUUGGCUUAUUUUGACUAAGCUGCCACUGCUGACCGACCGUCAUAUUUUGACUAAGUGGGGCUAGCUCACUUGGUAGAGGUUCUUGCCUCUUAGUGGGAGGUCUUGGGUUCAAUUCCAAGCAAGGGUGAGUUAUUUGUAAAUAUAGGAGUUUGGGAGAGUAACGUUAGCCAUUCAAAAAAAAAAAAAAAAAAAAAAAAAAAAAAAAAAAAAAAAAAAAAAAAAAAAAUAUAUAUCAUACGUGUCUGCUGUUUUUAAAAUCCGUCCCUCCAUUUUCCUUUUAUACCACAUGCUCAUUUUCUUUUCUAGAACCCAACACACACCUUCCAUCCCCAAUCCUCAUCCUCUCUCUCUCUCUCUCUCUCUCUAUACACACAUCUAAAAGAUUUCAUUUCAUUUCAUUUCCCUGAAAAUUAAACAUGCCGUUUUGCAACGUUAGAAAGUACCGUAACGAUGGCAAGAGUAACUCUAUAAAUAUUUUUUAUACAACCUAUGGCAGUGGACCAAUCAAAGUUCUGAUGAUCAUAGGACUGGCUGGGACACACGAUUCUUGGAACCCACAAAUCGAGGGGCUCGUUAAUGAUGAAAGUGGUAUACAAGUGUGCGCUUUUGACAAUCGAGGAAUGGGUCGUAGCUCUAUACCUAAAAAUAAAGCUGAAUACACAACAAGGGUGAUGGCUAAUGAUGCAUUGUCUGUAAUGGAUCAUUUGGGUUGGAAGAAAGCUCAUGUAUUUGGUCAUUCAAUGGGUGGUAUGAUCGCUUGUAAACUGGCUGCCAUCUCUCCGGAUAGGAUUCUCUCUUUGGCUUUACUUAACGUAACUGGUGGAGGCUAUGAAUGUCUCCCCAAGAUUGAUCGUCACACAUUAUCCAUUGCAUUGCGUUUCUUGAGAGCCAAAACUCCAGAGCAAAGAGCAGAUGUUGAUCUAGACACUCACUACACAAAGGAAUACCUUGAAGAAUAUGUUGGACAUAAAACAAGAAGACAAGUGUUAUAUCAAGAAUAUGUUAAAGGGAUAUCAGCAACGGGGAUGCAGUCAAGUUAUGGAUUUGAUGGGCAGAUCAAUGCUUGCUGGACACACAAAGUUUCAAAAGCCGAACUUGAAGCGAUCCGUGCACAAGGUUUCUUAAUAUCUAUCAUUCAUGGAAGGCAUGACGUCAUUGCUCAAAUAUCUCAUGCAAAAAGGCUCGCAAAGAAGCUAUAUCCAUUUGCAAAGAUGAUACAACUUCCUGGAGGUCAUCUUGUGAGUCACGAGAGGACCAAAGAGGUCAAUGAAGCCCUGCUGGAUUUGAUUAAGGCGUCAGAAACAAAGACAAGCCCGAGUGAGUGGACAAAUUUAUCACCUGAGAGCUCCGGCUGCUGGAUGUCAUCAUCAUCUAGCAGGUUAGAUUCCGAAACAGAAAUCAGCAAUCCAGCCAGCAAUGUCGGGAUUACAGAAAGGCUGAGACUCAAAUUAUUGUACAUAAUUGGCUUAUUCAUGGUGGCAUCUGAGCACAUGAAAAGAGUUUUAAGACGUCUAAAACCGGUUAGGAUAGGCACCGCCCUCUCACAAUAACAGGGCUUCUUUUAUAUGUGGAAUGUUAUCACUUUACACCCUAAUCUCCCCUUCCCUGUUGACAAUUGGGCAUAUAGCCUCGCAAACCAAGUUGUAACAUGUUAAUAUUAUCGAAAUACUUCAAAGUAACCUUCAAUAAAAUAUAAUUGAGCAUUUGAGAUGA